GUCCGGACAGCGGGCGGGACAGCGGGCAGGGAGGCGGGCUGCUGCACCCGACUGCUUGGGGAGCGCUGCCGGCGGAAGAAGGCGGCGGGGGGCGCGGCGGGGGAGGGACGGCAGCACCUGCCGGGCCCAGCGCCGGAGCUGCCCAGCCCCGUGCCCUCCUUCCUUCCCUCCCGCCCGCCCAGUGCUCAUGCGCCCGCCGGGGGUUUAAAGCGGGAGCGGCGGCUGCUGAGGCUGUACGGCCCGGCAGAGGUGCGGGUAGCGCGCAGGGCGCGGCGCGGCGACCCGGCCGGAACGCCGCUCUGCUCUGCUCGGCUCGGCUCGGCUCGGCUCGGUUCUGCUCUGGGCUGGCCCCGCCCGGCCCGCAGCCAUGUGGCUCUCGGCCCUGCUCCUCGGCGCCUUCCUGUUCUCCGGCCUGGUGCGCGGCAGCGACGGCUCGGCUUCUACUGCUAUUACAUGCUUUACAAGAGGACUUGACCUUAGAAAGGGAACAGAAGAUGUCCUUUGCCCAGCUAACUGCCCUCUGUGGCAGUUUUAUGUCUUUGGGGAUGGAGUUUAUGCCUCUCUUUCAAGUGUCUGUGGAGCUGCUAUACACAGCGGGGUGAUUACCAACACAGGAGGAGCUGUAAGAGUACAGACUCUCCCAGGACAGGAAACCUACCCUGCUGUAAAUGCCAAUGGGAUCCAGUCUCAGGUGCUCUCUAGAUGGGCUUCAUCUUUCUCAGUGACUGCAGGUGCCAAGAACACAGCACUUGAAGCAGUUGGACGUUCGGUGUCAACAGCACGUCCUUCUACAGGCAAAAGACCUAAGAAGACUGUUGAUAAAAAGGCGGGAAACAAAGACUGCAAAGCUGAUAUUGCAUUUCUCAUUGAUGGAAGCUACAACAUUGGCCAACGUAGGUUUAACCUUCAGAAAAACUUCAUUGGAAAAGUAGCUGUAAUGUUGGGAAUUGGAAUAGAAGGACCUCAUGUUGGAGUCGUACAGGCCAGUGAACAUCCAAAAAUUGAAUUCUAUCUGAAAAACUUCACUGCUGCAAAGGAAGUUUUAUUUGCUAUAAAGGAAUUAGGGUUCAGAGGAGGCAAUUCCAAUACAGGGAAAGCUUUGAAGUACACAGCUCAGAAAUUCUUCUCUUUGGAAAACGGAGCACGGAAGGGAAUUCCCAAGAUCAUCGUAGUGUUUCUGGAUGGCUGGCCCUCAGAUGAUCUAGAAGAAGCCGGCAUAGUGGCCAGAGAAUUUGGAGUCAACGUGUUCAUUGUGUCUGUAGCAAAACCCACAACAGAGGAGCUGGGAAUGGUACAAGACAUUGGUUUUGUUGACAAAGCUGUCUGUCGAAACAAUGGUUUCUUCUCUUACCAAAUGCCCACCUGGUUUGGUACUACCAAAUACGUGAAACCUCUUGUCCAAAAACUGUGCUCACACGAGCAGAUGUUGUGUAGCAAGACUUGCUACAACUCCGUCAACAUUGGUUUCCUGAUAGACGGCUCCAGCAGCGUUGGGGAGAGCAACUUCCGCCUCGUGCUUGAGUUCGUGAGCAAUGUGGCAAAAGCUUUUGAGAUCUCUGACAUCGGCUCCAAGGUGGCAGCUGUGCAGUUCACCUACGACCAGAGAACCGAGUUCAGCUUCACGGACUACAUCACCAAGGACAAAGUGCUCUCGGCCAUCCGGAACAUCCGCUACAUGAGCGGGGGCACUGCCACUGGCGAUGCCAUUUCCUUCACAACCAGGAAUGUGUUUGGGCCUGUGAAAGAUGGACCUAACAAGAACUUCCUCAUCGUGCUGACUGAUGGUCAGUCUUAUGAUGAUGUUAGAGGACCUGCUGCAGCUGCACAAAAAGCAGGAAUAACAGUCUUCUCUGUUGGUGUUGCCUGGGCACCGCUGGAUGAUCUGAAAGACAUGGCUUCUGAACCAAGAGAAUCUCAUACUUUCUUCACCAGGGAGUUCACAGGAUUGGAGCAGAUGGCUCCUGAUAUUAUUAGAGGCAUCUGUAGAGAUUUUUUGGACUCUAAACAAUAA